GUGGAUUAAAUUCUCUUUGGUGAAACGGGUAAUGGCGGAUGCGUAAUGCCGUCUUUUUGGUAUUGAUUUUAUAAAAUUUGUUUAAUUUUUUAUAAAUAAGAUAGUCAUGUUUCUUAGUGACUGUAAACUUAACUAAAAAGUGAUAAUGAUUACUUAAGUGUGCCUUUAAUAACUAGAUGUUUUAUUUUAUAAUUAUUACCCGUUGUUAUUAAAAAUAUAAAAUGCACCGACGCGGCGGUAAACGCAUCCGAAUGGAUGACCCACCUCCUGAAUAUGUGAGUCCCAUGACCCCAGCCACUCCCGCUACUGAUUAUGGAGGGCAAUCUCUCCAUGAACCCGAUACGGCCAUUAUAAAUUAUUCUGCAAUCAAUGCUGAACCUGCAGCAAAUUCUACUGAAGUGGAGGCGCCUAGAGAUGAGAAUGAAGACCAUGAAGAAGAGGCGAGGUCCCCAUCGCCAGUUCCCACGAAGCGUAUUACUAGGAGUCGGAAUCGCGGCGGCGACGGCGGAUAUGUUGGCCGCCUGGCAGAAUCACCACCUCCUCCGCCGGCGAGACCGAGACGCGGACGUGGUGGUCGAGGUCGCGGCAGAGGUCGGGGCGCUCCUCCGCCGCCUGCCAUGUCACCGCCACCGGUUCUCUUGCCUGGCGAUGAUGAAAACAGUCUCUACAACUUGCUACGAUUCAACAAAGCUGCUAUCAAUCAAGUGGUGGACAUGUGGAUAGAAGAGUACAAGACUAGUAAGGAGAGUGCCUUGGUGCAGCUGAUGCAGUUCUUCAUCAACUCCUCAGGGUGUCGUGGCAAAGUCACUCCGGACAUGGCACAGAUGGACCACACCCUUAUUAUAAAGAAAAUGACACAAGAAUUUGAUGAGGAAAGUGGAGAGUAUCCACUCAUAAUGUCAGGGCAAACAUGGAAGAAAUUUCGUUCCAAUUUCUGUGAGUUUAUCCAGACGUUGGUAAAGAUGUGCCAGUACAGUAUUAUCUAUGACCAGUACCUGAUGGACAACAUCAUCUCUCUUCUUACCGGGUUGUCCGACUCUCAAGUUCGGGCUUUUAGACACACAGCUACUCUGGCAGUGAUGAAGCUGAUGACGGCGCUGGUGGAUGUGGCGCUCCUGACGAGUGUUAACUGCGACAACUGCCUGCGCCAGUACGAGGCGGAGCGACUGAAGGCGCGGGACAAGCGCGCCACCGACCGCCUCGAGGUGCUGGUGGCCAAGCGGCAGGAGCUGGAGGAGAACAUGGAGGAGAUCAAGAACAUGCUGUCCUACAUGUUCAAGUCGGUCUUCGUGCACAGAUACAGGGAUACUCUGCCAGACAUAAGAGCAAUCACGAUGUCAGAAAUAGGAAAUUGGAUGGAAAAGUUUCCAGCACACUUCCUGGACGAUCUAUAUCUCAAAUAUAUUGGGUGGACACUUCAUGAUAAGGUGGGCGAAGUGCGUCUACGGUGUCUGCAGGCGCUGCACCCGCUGUACGAGUGCGAGGACCUCAAGGGCAAGUUGGAGCUGUUCACCUCCAAGUUCAAGGACCGCAUCGUCGCCAUGACGUUGGAUAAGGAGACCGAUGUGGCAGUGCAUGCCGUCAAACUCGUCACAGCUAUACUCUUGAUGCACCCGGACACGCUCACGGACAAGGACUGCGAGAACGUAUACGAGCUGGUGUACUCGUCGUCGCGCGCCGUGGCCACAGCUGCGGGCGAGUUCCUCAACGUGCGCCUGUUUAGCCCCAGCACGACCGAAGAGGAGCCGACGCGCUCUCGCCGGGGCAAGACGCGUCUGCCCAACACACCGCUCUUGCGCGACCUCGUGCAGUUCUUCAUCGAGUCUGAGCUUCACGAACACGGCGCAUAUCUGGUGGACUCGCUAAUCGAGUCGAACGCUAUGAUGAAGGACUGGGAGUGCAUGACUGACCUGCUGCUUGAGGACCCGGGACCCGGUGAGGAGGCGCUCGACAACCGACAGGAGUCGUCGCUGAUCGAGUUGAUGGUAUGCUGCGUGCGGCAGGCGAGCACGGGAGAGCCGCCCGUGGGCCGUGGACCCGCGAGGAAACACCAUCACAUGCUUACCAAGGAGCAAGCUAAGGUGGUGAGCGACGAUCGCGUGAAGAUGACAUCCCACUUCAUGGUGACGCUGCCGGCCUUGUUGGACAAGUUCAGCGCCGACCCGGAGAAGCUGACGAACCUGCUGUCCAUCCCGCAGCACUUCGAGCUGGAGCUGUACACCACGCAGCGGCAGGAGAAUCUUCUUACACAGCUGCUGAACAAGAUCCGCGACCUGGUGGGCGCGCAUAUCGAGGCCGAGGUGGUGGAGACGGCGGCGCGUACACUGGAGGUGCUGUGCAGCCGCGGCGAGUGCUGCGCCGUGUACUCGCGCUGCAACGUGGCGCGGGCCACGGUCACCGACCAGUGCGUCAACCGCUACAAGGAGGCCAUCGACGACUACCGCUCGCUCCUUGAAGGGGGCGAGACCCCCAAUGCGGACGAGGUGUUCAACGUGUUGAACUCACUGCGCAAGGUGUCCAUCAUGUACAUGUGCCACAAUCUCAAUGACACCAAUAUCUGGGACUCUCUGUACGAGGACCUGCCCCUAGCACUCAAGACAAGCGAGACGGUGACGCCGCGGAGAAUGUCGCUGGUGUACGUAAUCCGCUCGUGCUUCUACUCCCUGCUGUGGUCGCUGCACGAGCUGGAGGAGCGAGGCGGCGCGGGCGACGGCGACGCGGCCGGCGUGCUGCGGGAGCGGCUUCACGGCUACGUGGCGCUGUGCAAGCAGGUCGUGGUGGACGGAGUGACGCAGGAGCUGCGGGAGGAGGCGUUCGUGAGUCUGUGCGACCUGCUGAUAUUCUUCAUAGAGACGCCGGGCGGGCGCGGCGGUGACGACCCUUCCCGACAGCUGCAGCUGGAGGCCGACUCGCACCUGUGCGACCUGCUCAACAACGCCGUGCAGCAGUUCGUCUUCAUCAACCCCAACUACGACGGACAAGACGAGAGACGCAUCGAGGAGCUUCACAAGCGGCGCAACUUCCUGGCGGCCUACUGCAAGCUCAUCGUGUACAACGUGGUGCCCAUUCGUCGCGCCGUGGACGCCAUUAAGCAUUACAUCAAGUGCUACAACGAUUACGGCGACAUCAUCAAGGCCACGCUCAGCAAGGCGCGUGAGAUCAACAAGGUGAACUGUGCCCUCAGCAUGGAGCUGGCCAUGCAGGCGCUCUUCACAGACAUCCGAGCACAGCACUCCGUGCCAACCCGCGCGCUGCCCGAGCUGCACGAGCUGAAGGAGCUGGCCAAGCGGUUCUCCAUGAUGUUCGGUCUGGACGCCGUCCGCAACCGCGAGGCGCUGACGGCGCUGCACCGCGCCGGCAUCUCGUUCGCGGCGCUCGAGAGCAACACGCACGCGCCGCCGCCCAACCUGCUGUUCCUGGAGCCGCUCGCAGAGUUCUGUCCGAAGUUGCUGCGACAGGACAAACGGCACGUGCUCAAGUUCCUGGAGUCCCGCUUCACCACCAUGCAGUGGGGCGACGAGUGGGCGCCGCUACUGGCGUACCGCAGCGCUCUCAUGACGGACGCGCCCGAGGAGCGGCCGCCGCCCGUGCGGCGACACUACACGCGCAAGAACAAGGGAGUGAACGAGGAGGAGGAGGGCGAAGAGAAUGCGGACUCUGAGCAGGAGUGCGGCUCAGAAAAAAAUUGAAUGUGACACAGAGCUGGUCGGUGACUGAGUUUUGUAAGAUAUUUGUUAACUGAUGUUGUGUUAAGUAAUAAUAUAUUAUAGCUAUAAUGUUUUGAAUAAAGUAUAUGGUUUUUACUAAUAAA